CUGGUGUCCAGGCGGCGGGCGCGCAGCGCAGUGAGAGCUCGGCUCGGCGGAGGCGGCGCGAGGUCCCUGCGCCCCGAGGUCUCCCGCGCCCCGAGGUCUCCGCCUCCACCAUGAAGCUCAGAAGUGCUGGCCUGCUCCUCCUGCUGCUCAGCGGCCUGCAAGCCGAUGGUCAAGAGAAAGAAGUCAGAGCGAUGGUGGGCAGUGACGCUGAGCUCAGCUGCAUUCACACCGAAGAAACUAGUUUUGAUUUAAACGAACUCUAUGUUUAUUGGCAAAUCAAGGAUACCAACAGCAUGCUAGAAACCGUGGCUUACUACCUGCCGGGGAACACCUCCGUGGGCCAUCACAACAACAGGUACAAGGACCGGGCCCAGAUGUCCCUGGACAGCAUGAAGCAGGGCAACUUCUCUCUGCAUCUGUACAACAUCACCCCCCAGGACGAGCAGAAGUAUGACUGCCUGGUGUUCAGGAAGAUGACAGAGAAGAUUCUGAAAGUGGAGGUCAUGUUGCACGUGGCAGCCAACUACAGCAUGCCCGUGGUCAGCGCGCCCACGGCCGCCCCCCAGGACGAGGAGCUCACCUUCACCUGCACGUCCACGGACGGCUACCCCCGGCCCAACGUGUACUGGAUCAACAGGACGGACAACAGCCUGCUGGACGAGGGCCUGCAGAACAGCACCGUCUCCCUCAACGCGCGGGGCCUGUACGACGUGGUCAGCGUCCUGACCAUCCGGCGCACGCCCCACGUCAACGUGGGCUGCUGCAUCGAGAACGUGCUGCUGCACCAGAACCUGACCGUCAGCAGCCAGAAGGCGAGCGAGCCAUUCCCAGGAUCCACAGGGAGCAACACCGAUGUGCCAGGCGAAGCCGAGGCGGGAAAAUCCAGCACCGUGGUGGCCGCCAUCGCGCUGCUGCUGACGGUGGUCGUGGGCGCGGCUGCAGGCUGGUGGUGCCGGAGCCGGUGUCCUCACCGUCCUCCCUGGGGCUACGCAGGUACACAGGGGCCCGGGCUGCGAGGCCAGAGCUGGGGCUCACCGACCACGUCUGACAAGAACUCGCCACCCAGGAGGUGGACAAGGCUUCCGGGAGACGCCACCCGGGGGGACCUCCGAAGGCGGCUGGCCACCGGCAGGCUGGUGGCAGAGGGGGGCUCGGUCGCACCCUUCACCAGGAGCUUCACGGACACGCAGCCGCUCUGGCCCGGGGGCCCUUCCCCUGGAGAGACCGCGCUUGACCCCACGUGAGCCGGCGCCCAGCCUCGUGGCCAGACACGGCCCCUCCCUGCCGCCAGCCCUUCCCGGUGUCCGUGUCCGUGUCCGUGGGCGAGGGCUCUGAGAGGGACCGGAGGACAGACACCCGAGCGACGGAAGAGGGGAGGCGCCCGCUCUCCUCCGGAGGGUGUUUGCGGGGCUCCCGUGAUCGUCUGUGCACGUGUGUGCGUGUCCUGUGUGCAGGGAACGGUCCACACGGAGACCCCGGGAUCGCUGUCCUCUGGGCCCCUCACCGGGAGAAACACCGCGGUGUUCGGGUGAGAAGCCACGUUGCCCUCCGCGGGAAGAAGGAAGCUGCAGGCCCCCUGCCCGCGCCCGCGGCAGGAGAGCCGUGCUCCGGGGGAUGAGACACGCGGCCGGCGACACGGACGUGGGCCCGCCGGCCCUGGAGCGUGGGGCGCGGCACGAAGAGGGCUCCCCAGUCUCCGGCUGCCUUCAGAUCGCAGUCACGUCCUCCGAGCUCGUUCUGGGCAGCUCCUGGCGCUGUGGCCGCGGCCUCUCGCCCGGUCGCCCCUGAGGACCUGCAGGGCUGAUGGAGACCUCAACUCCCACACCGGUUCCUCCGAGCCCACAGCCCCCUGGUGAUGGGAAGCGGGCGGUUUGAAGCUUCCGGGACGUUCUGUGAAGGCGGCUCCAGGUAACCCCGGUGUGCACAGCCCCGGAGACGGGGCCUGAGGUCCGCCCGUGGCCCUGCGGCUCAGAGGGGCCGCUGAGCCGGACUUGGAGUGGAAGUGAGGACCGGACUCCGUGGGGAAGCCGAGUUCCACGCUUGUCGCAAGAAAUCCUUGGUGUGUCCUUGUGGCAAGAAGCCCUCGUGUGGCUCCUGCGUGAGGGCGACAAGGCCCGCCAGACUUUUAACAGAAAGCAUUAGAAGACACGGUCAUCCCUGAAGCCUGGCCGAAGGGAGGACAGACUGGCAUUUGGAGCAAAGCACUGGGUGUGGUGCCCGCCCUCCGUCCAGGCCCAGGGGCCCGGGGGUGCUGGGGCCGGUGUCCCCGAGGAUGGGGCAGCCAUGGAGGGAAGCUGGUUUCCUUCUCGGAGGCGGCGGCAGGGGAGGCCCCCCUCAGCCUUCUCCCAGCAUCUGUGGCCCUGACCUGGGGCUCCCCAGGCUCCGUGCCCUGGUUCCUCAUCUCGCCGCUGGCCCCCACAACCCUCAGCCACAGCCCGGCAGCCCCUCCCCGCUGACCUGGGCCCAGGGAAGGCGGGCUGGCCUUGGGACGCAGCACACGUCCGAGUCCUCCAGGCUCGCACUGUCCACCCCCCACCCCCGUCGCCAUGUGCUGCCGGUGCUGUAGGCCGCUGAGUGCCCGAGCUUGACACCUGCUCCCACAGACCCAGGUGCAAAGAAGGCAAGAUAAGCUGUGUCGUGGCUUUGGUCAGCUCUGCUGGUCCUCACUGCAGGUCUGGGCCCCUGCCUCACCAUCGACUCUCGCUCUGGGGGUUUCUGCCCCCCCAGGGGACGCUGGGCAAGGUCUGGAGACAUUUCAGUUGUCUCACUGGGGGAUGGCUACUGGCCUCCGGGGUGUAGAAGGCAGGGGCGCUGCUCCAAGUCCAAAAACACA